AUGAAAAUCGAGAUGAAAAUCGAGAUAAAAAGUGAGAUGAAAAGUGAGAUGAAAAUCGAGAUGAAAAUCGAAAUGAAAAGUGAGAUGGAAAGUGAGAUGAAAAUCGAGAUGAAAAAAGAUAUAUUAUCUUUAGAAACAAAAAAAAAGUCAUUUCUAAAGAUUACAGAUCCCGAGAAAAGGGAUUUAAUCGUAAAAGAGUUUCUCGAGCUGAAAAAGAGGCUCCAAAACAGAGAGAUAGAGAGACGGACUGGUGAACGAGAGUUACAAACAGAUCUCGGUAAAAUAUUCAAGCCUAUAACGGACGUACAAAAAAGUACGGCAGAAGACAUAAGGUCUGAUAUUAGACCCAUCAAAGAAAACAUAUCGGAAUUGAAGAAAAUCACAUUUCCAGCGUUUCCAUCUAUAGAGGGGUUUCAACAACAAGAAAAGGAAGAUACUGAUACGCAGUUUAUCGGACCAAUCGCGCAAGAAUAUUUAAGGAAGUUCGCUUCCAAAUCCGAGGCUGAUAGAACGUACGGGCUAUACGAUAAGAACGGCAAUUUUUAUAUAGGCAAUAAGCCCGUCGCCUUUGUAGAUGAUAACAUAGUAGUGGAUGGUGAAGAGUACCAAGGAACACCGGGAUUGUGGGAACUCAUCGUAACCAAGAAUCCAGACGAUCAAAUAUACACCGACCAGGACUACGAAAAUUACGCGAAGAUGAUGAUUGAAUCGAACGCUCUCAAAAAAGGCAACGAUCCAGAGAGUAACAGACCAAAGGCCAGCAAGGGGUUGAAAUGGAAGAAUGUGCUUAGAACCAUUUGGACUAAUAGGGAUUAUUACGAAGGGAGCGGCACAUCUGUUGUCAUUCCUAGCGAUCCUAAUGCAUUGCUCGAAAGACUAGACCUGCUGAUGGCAAGCAAGGCAGCGGAUGCCUCUACCGCUCUAGAUGCUGGUAAAAGCGUUGCUAAGGAAGUUGGGAAGAAAGCUAUGGAUGCUGGAAAGACUGCAGCUCUUGAUGCUAAAUCGCACGAAUGCUGCGAAACUGCGAGAUUAUAA